AUGAUUUCCACAAGAGCAGCAACCAGACUCUCCCUCUCUCAGGGUAGGGUAGCUCUGCGAGCCCCCAAGCGCCAGAUCCGCCUCCAAUCAACCUCAUCCACAUCGUCAACCGCCAACGCGCCGCCCAGCAGCUCGCUCGGAGCCGGCAUCAUCGGCGGCAUCGCCGGUGCAGGCCUCUUCUACGGCAUCUACUCCUUCACACCCGCCGGCCGGACCGCAAGCAAGCUGAACAAGGCCGUCAAGGAGGCAGAGAAGAAGUACCAGGAAGCGGCCAAGAAGCUGCAGGCCGCCACGCCCAGCCCGGAUCAGGCGGUCGACUCCAUCAAGCAGUUUGCCUACUCGUACGUCGCCUGGAUACCGGGCGGACGGGCCUACGUGGACGCCGCCUUCAAGGACUGGGAGACUGUGCGGAAGCAGCACGGCGACGAGGCGGAUAAGCUGGUCAGCGAUGCGUACAAGCAGUUCCAGGACGUUGCCAAGGCGGGACUGAGUCUCGAGGCGGCGUCCCGGGCCUGGGAUGUCCUUGCGGACUUGGCCAAGAAGAUUGCGAACCUAGCGGGCGAUGCGCUGUUGGACAUUGUGGACAAUCAUCCCCAGGUCAAGGAGAAGCUCGGCGGCAACAUUGACCAGCUGAAGCAGAUGGGCGAGCAGUAUGGCCCUGAAGCGAAGAAGCAGGUGGACGAGACUUGGAAACAGAUCAGGGACAUUUUCGCCGGCGGAUUCAGUGCCUCGAGCAUUGCCAAGGCGAAGCAGCUGAUUGACGACAAGGUGCAGCAGCUGCAGAAGCUGGGCGACGAGGCGUGGAAGAAGGGUCUCGAGGAGGCCAAGCCGUACCUUGAGAAGAACCCCAAGGUCAAGGAGCUAGUGGAGAAGAAUGGGGAUGCUCUGAAGAAGGGCAACUUCAGCGAGCUGUUCAAUAAGCUCCGUGACGCGGCCAAGUCUGGUGACUUUGGCAGCGUGGAGGACUACAUCAACAAGGCGACGGAGAAGGUUGGAGGCGACAAGGGCAGCGGAAGUGGCUGGGCGUCGCUGGAUAAGUACUUGAAUCUGGACAAGGUCCCACAGGGCAGCGAGAUCCUGAGCAAGCUGGAGGAGAUGGGCCGGGUUGCGCAAAAUCACAAGGAGGAGGGAGAGAAGCUGCUCAAGGAGACGAUGGCGGAUAUCCAGAAGGUGUUGGAGGACAAGGGACGAAAGGCGAAGGAGAUUGCGGACAAGGAGAAGAAGGACUAA